UUUUUUUUUGGUAGUAGAUUCCACUUUGUUUCUUCUAGGUAUUAAAAUUAUUUUCAUUUGUAGGUAACUUGAAGUUGGUCAGAAAAUCAAACACAAGUCUUGGAGAUUAAGAUAAAGGAAGAAUGAGUAUGAGCAGUAGCAGGUUAAACUCAUUGGGAAGGUACCGUGGUAAUCAAGUAUUUACCUAUAGCAACACUUCUAUCCAUUACCAUAAACCCAUUUGUGUAAAGAUAAAAUCUGUAGCACAUAGAGGAGGGAAUAUUGUGAAGGUGGAACCAAAACCAAGAAAAGGUUUCACUUCAAAAGUUAUUGAUUUGUUGGAGAUGCUUGUUGUCAAGUUCUUUUAUGAUUCUUCACUUUCUCAUCACUGGCUUGCUGGUAAUUUUGCACCUGUUCAAGAUGAGACACCUCCUGUUAAGAAUCUUCCUGUUAAUGGGUACCUUCCGGAUUGCUUGAAUGGAGAGUUUCUCAGGGUGGGACCCAAUCCGAAGUUUCCUCCGGUAGCUGGAUAUCAUUGGUUCGAUGGAGAUGGAAUGAUUCACGGUUUACGUAUCAAAGAUGGAAAAGCUACAUAUGUUUCCCGUUUCGUGAGAACUUCUCGUCUUAAACAAGAAGAAUACUUCGGAGGCUGUAAAUUUAUGAAGAUUGGAGAUGUCAAAGGUCUACUUGGACUUUUAAUGGUUAUGAUACAAAUGUUGAGAGAAAAAUUGAAAAUACUUGAUGUUUCUUAUGGAACUGGAACAGCUAAUACGGGACUUGUAUAUCACAAUGGGAAAUUUCUGGCGCUCUCAGAACGAGACAAACCUUAUGCUAUUAAAGUUUUUGAAGAUGGUGAUUUGCAUACACUUGGAAUGAUAGAUUAUGACAAGAGACUGGACCAUUAUUUCACUGCUCAUCCAAAACUUGAUCCUUUUACUGGGGAGAUGUUUACAUUCGGAUAUUCACAAACCCCGCCAUAUAUCACAUACAGAGUAAUUUCAAAGGAUGGUUAUAUGCAUGAUCCUGUUCCCAUAACAAUAUCACAUCCCAUCAUGAUGCAUGACUUUGCCAUAACCGAGAAUUACGCAAUUUUUAUGGAUCUUCCUGUGUACUUUAGGCCAAAGGAAAUGGUGAAGAAUCAGAAACUCAUAUUCUCUUUUGAUUCAACCACGAAAGCUCGUUUCGGUGUCCUACAUCGCUAUGCUAAAGACGAUAAGCUCAUAAGAUGGUUUGAAUUACCAAAUUGCUUCAUAUUCCAUAAUGCUAAUGCUUGGGAAGAGGAGGAUGAAGUUGUUUUGAUCACAUGCCGACUGAAGAAUCCGGAUUUGGACAUGAUCAGCGAAAAUAUCAAGGAUAAGCUUGAAAAUUUCUCAAAUGAGCUGUAUGAAAUGAGGUUUAACAUGAAAACCGGUAAAGCUUCUCAAAAGAAACUGUCGGCAUUUUCUGUAGAUUUUCCUAGGGUGAAUGAAAACUACACUGGCAGGAAACAGAAGUAUGUAUAUGGAACCAUAUUAGACAGCACUUCAACCGGGAUUAUUAAAUUUGAUUUGAAUGCUGAACCUGAUUUUGGCAAAACAAAGCAUGAAGUCGGAGGAAAUGUUUGUGGUCUCUAUGGCUUGGGACCAGGAACGUUUUGCUCGGAUGCUAUUUAUGUCCCUCGUGUCCCUGGAACAAAUUCCGAAGAAGAUGACGGUUACUUGAUCUUUUAUGUACAUGAUGAGAAUACAAGGAAAUCAUCCGUGCAUGUCAUAGAUGCAAAAACAAUGUCAGCAGAUCCUAUUGCAGUUGUAGAAUUGCCUCGAAGAGUUCCAUAUAGUUUCCAUUCCUUCUUUUUGACAGAGGAACAACUGCAAGAACAAGCCAAACUGUAAUUUUGUUGAGAGCUUCACAGCGCCGCCUCAAUGUACGCGUACACAUCUUUCUACCAACUGUUAGGAUAUUUUAUGAUGGAAUGAAGUUUCCAUUCUAUUAUUUAAGUAGUGGUUACUCAAGUAGAUAUUAUUGUAUUGUGGGAGCUAUAAUAGUUAGUAACAUUAAUUAGUUAUUCUUCUAUUUGGCUAUAUUAGCCUUAUAUACCCUUGAUGUAAUUCACUAGUUCAUUAUUAAUAAAUUAUUUAACCUGCACUCA